UAUCUCUCUUCAAUUCAAUCUGUUCUUCAAUAAAAACGCACAAAAAUACAAUAAUUAUUACGUAGAUAUAUAAAUAAUUAUUGUAAUUUAUUUUAUUUGCUUCUCUGCCUUGUUGCUCCUUGGACCUCAAAUCUCUAUCUCUCCUCUUUCUCCUCUCUCUCUCUCUCUCUCUCUCUCCCUCUCUAGACCUCAAUUAGAGCUUCAUCUCACCAUUUACGAAGCUCCGUUUCGUUCUUUUCAGUUGAAGGGUGUGGAGGGAGCAGUGGAGUGGGAAAUGGCUGGGACUGCGAGUGAGGAAUCUGGAGUUAGAAGGUCUUUCGAGGAGAUUUCAAGUGUGCAGCAGCGUUGCCAAUCUGGGGAAGCAUUGGUGGAAUGGCGGUCCUCUGAGCAGUUGGAAAAUGGAACCCCGUCAACUUCUCCCCCUUAUUGGGACACUGACGACGACGAUGACUGUGGACCAAAACCUUCUGAGUUAUAUGGAAAGUAUACAUGGAAGAUAGAUAAAUUUUCACAGAUUAACAAGCGAGAACUUCGUAGUAAUGCAUUUGAGGUCGGCGGCUACAGAUGGUACAUUUUAAUAUACCCUCAAGGUUGUGAUGUCUGCAAUCAUCUUUCUUUGUUUCUGUGUGUGGCUAAUCAUGACAAGCUUCUUCCAGGAUGGAGUCAUUUUGCACAGUUCACUAUAGCUGUGGUGAAUAAAGAUCCUAAGAAAUCCAAAUAUUCUGAUACGUUACAUCGAUUCUGGAAGAAAGAGCAUGACUGGGGAUGGAAAAAAUUUAUGGAGCUAUCUAAAGUGUUAGAUGGGUUUAUUGAUGCUGAUACUCUCAUUAUUAAAGCUCAAGUCCAAGUCAUCAGGGAGAGAGCAGACCGUCCCUUUCGCUGCCUUGAUUGUCAGUAUAGGAGAGAACUUGUUCGGGUAUAUUUGACAAAUGUAGAGCAAAUUUGUUGCCGUUUUGUGGAAGAAAGAAGAAGCAAGCUUGGGAAAUUGAUAGAAGAUAAAGCUAGAUGGUCAAGCUUUUGUGCUUUCUGGGUAGGGAUUGACCAAAAUGCUAGGCGCCGUAUGUCCAGGGAGAAAACUGAUGCAAUUUUGAGAGUUGUGGUGAAGAACUUCUUUAUAGAAAAGGAAGUAACUUCUACCUUGGUAAUGGAUUCCCUGUACAGUGGACUGAAGGCUCUUGAAGGCCAGACCAAGAGCAAGAAAGGUAGGGGGAAAUUACAGGAUGCAGAAGAAUUGCCGGUUCCUAUUGUUCGCAUAGAGAAAGAUAUAUUUGUUUUGGUGGAUGAUGUGUUACUACUACUUGAGAGGGCUGCCUUGGAACCCUUGCCUCCAAAGGAUGAUAAGGGUCCUCAGAACCGUACAAAGGAUGGGGGUUCUGGUGAGGACUUCAACAAGGACUCCAUUGAGCGUGAUGAAAGGCGUCUUACUGAACUAGGUCGUAGGACCAUUGAAAUAUUUGUCCUAGCCCAUAUAUUCAGCAGUAAAAUUGAAGUUGCAUAUAACGAGGCUGUUGCUUUGAAAAGGCAAGAGGAGCUCAUACGUGAAGAGGCAGCCUGGCUGGCUGAAACUGAGCAGAAAGCAAAACGCGGUGCUGCUGAAAAGGAAAAGAAGUUAAAGAAAAAGCAGGGAAAACAAAAAAGAAAUAAUCGCAAGGGGAAGGAUAAAGGAAGAGAUGACAAGCCUGGUGUAGCAAUCCAAGACAAACUCCAACAAGAAAGCCCGGGUGAUGAAAGGAAAGAUUUCACGAUCGAGGAGGCAGAACUUGUGCUUGAAAAGGCUGAUAUACUGGAAGAUGUUUCUGAUGUGUCUGAUUCAGCAGAUUGUCUUCCCGAGAUACUUCAGCCUGAUUCAGAAGACAGAGACACUAGUCCUGUCAAUUGGGAUACUGACACAUCGGAAGUUCAUCCCCCCACCGAGGCUGCCAGCAGCAGCGGAGUAAGUGGCCUUUCAGCUGUACAAAAUGGAGCGAUCGAACGAUAUUGCCCUUCUAUAGUGGAUGAUAGUUCGUCAACGUGUUCCACAGACUCGGUUCCAUCGGUGGUAAUGAAUGGGCCUUACAAAGGGAAUUUUCUGAACCAAAAAGGCCAAAAAUCACCGAUCAGAGGAAGGAUUCAGCGAGGCAGGGCAACUAGUGAUGCAACUGGUUCGGCCAAUGAAGUGCACAGUCAGCCGUCAGAAGCUAUGAGAGAUGCGGCACAGCCGAAUGGUGGAAGUUUCCAGGCUGAAGUUGAGUCCGAGGCUGUUGUACUCUCCUUGCAGGAUCGGAUAAAGGAGCUUGAGCAGCAUGUGGUGAAGAAGGAAGAAGAAGUGGUUUCUCUGCAAAGAGAACUGAGCGUCAAAGAUCAGGUCGAUACGGAAGGACCUUCAAAAGAUAAGCCAACGGCCGUGCCUUCCUCUCCUAACAGUUCUUCCAAAAAUCAGCCAUAUGCUGUUAAGGUGAAGUCAGAAUCAAAGAUCCCCGGUGCUGCUGAUCCGGUUUCGGUUCGGAAACCAUCAUCAGACAUCUCCCAACGAGCAGAGAGAGUGGCCCUGCCGAUAAAUUCAUCUCAUAUUACACCUGCAUUGAAAUCUGAUGCACAUAAAAAUGCCGCUCCAAAACCAACCGAAAAGCCCUCAGUGCAACAAGUGCCCACCAUGUCACGGCCCUUAAGUGCUCCGAUUAUUCCGGGACCUAAGCCACCCACUCCUGUUGUUUCCGUGGUUCAAACACCCCCAAUUUUAGCGCGUUCAGUGAGUGCAACCGGGCGGUUGGGUCCGGACCCGUCACCCGCGACACACAGUUACGUUCCUCAGUCUUAUCGAAAUGCUAUAAUGGGUACUCCUGUUUCGGCGAGUUCCACCGGUUUCACUCAACCUCAGUCUCCAAGUUCUGCAGUCAACCAGUUACAGUCGUAUCCACAACUGUCCAACAUGAAGUCGGCACCAAUGUUUUUACCCCACAGUUCUGAAAGGAUCGAACCGAACUUGGUAAAACCAAGCCUUUCAUUCGGAAUGGUGAAUCAUGAUAUGUUGCAGAAUGGACCUCAAUGGAUGGAGUGCCCUCCUCAAAGGGACGGAAACCGAAGCAUACACUAUGGUUCUUCGAUGCAUGACGACAUUCAUAACCAUCAUAAGCUUGAUCUCUACAAGCCUGUACACAGCCGAUCCCAGGAUCACUUCCCGACUGAGUUUCCGGCGUCUAUAUCAUCAGGACGUCAGAGCCAAGGUUUAUUUGCUGAUGAGUUUCCGCACCUCGACAUAAUCAAUGACCUACUUGACGAUGAGCACGGAAUGGCGCUUGGGGCUAGGGCGAGCAUGAACUUUCAAAAUUUUGGCAAUGGACCUCACCAUCUGAAUCGGCAGUUCACUUUCCCUGGGGAUAUUGGUAUGUCGAAUGACAUGGCCCCCUCAACGAGCUCUAGCAAUUUUGAGCGAACACGAAGUUAUCAUGACGAUGGGUUCCAACGUGGGUACAGCUCGUUAGGCAGCCACUAUGAUCCGCUUCGGGAUAUGAUUCCCCAAGUAAAUCAACGGCCUUAUGCAAACGGGCAGAUCGAUGGAUUGAUUCCGAACCAGUGGCAGAUGGGUGGUUCUGAUCUAUCCUAUCUUAGCUUGAGGAACACAGAUGGGGGUGAUGGCUACAGAUAUCAUAUUCCAGACUAUUCAAACUUGCCGUGCAGUGAUAAUGGUUAUACUGUAUUCCGGCCUUCGAAUGGUCAUUGAGAAGAAACUAUUGACGGUGACUGGCUGUGAAUUAGUGGAUUGAGGCUAUAAUCCGGUGUAAUAAUUGCAUGUCAGGGAAGUUGUUGCUGUUUAGAUUUGGAGUGAGGUUGUAACCAUUUGGCUAAGAAAACAUUUUGUAAAGAGUGAUUCUGCCUUUUUUUUUAUUUCUUUGUUAUUUUGCUUCCAGCCUUAGCUGUUGCAAAAAGUGGCUUUGCAGUGUUUCUUUGUCUUGGAGGGUUCUGAGUAUGGAAAGCCGACCCCUAAGCUCAGAACUUUUUAAAUUUCAUUUAAUCUGAACCACAUUUUUAGGUUUGCUUUGUUGAUUUCUACUUCCCCUA